AUGGCAUCGUCUAUGGUGCAUCAGCCGCCGCCUAUGUCGAACGAAUACCGUGUCGCGAGCCAGCCUGGUUUCGGCCCCGAACCACGUCGCCAAUCGGUCUCGCCAGCUUUGCCAGCAAACCACUUCAAUGCCAACGACAACGGUGGCCGUGUUGGCACCGACUCACAUUCUCCAGCCUCCUUCCCUCCCCUGUCGCAACAAGCUCCGGCUGCCACCAAGCAAACGCCGGUGCCUGUUCCUGUACCUGGUGCUGCUAACGGAGCCACGCUCCCGGCCGUGUCGGUCGUUGCCUCUGACGUAUCAAAGGGAACUGGAACCCUGCCAGCGUCUCCCCAACUCAAUGGUAACUUGGACAAGUCGAAGCGGUUUUCCGAAGACUAUACUCGGCUAUGCGCCGCCAUCCAAGAGUCCGACCCGGACGCCGUCCGACGAGCGAUUCGAGACAACUACGAGAAGUGCCUGCUCGGCUCGGCCUACCACCUGUCUUUCCUUAUGAAUGUAACCAUACACCAAGCCGACGUGGGAAUCAUCCAGAGAGCGGUCAAGGACUUUGGCGCAAAUUUUCUGGCGGCUGGGAAACACGAGCUCAUCGACUCUAUGAGCAAAACUGACAUUGAUGAGUUGGCGGACAAGAUUCUCUCCAAAGCCUCGGACGACUUCCUCGACAGGGCCCUCGUGGCCCGCUUACCCACCAUCCAAGCUAGACGACUCGUCAACGCUCUGGCUCGAGCGGAAAGGCUUGGAUAUGACGCUGCAGACAUUGUCGAGAAUGAGCAUGUCAUCCCAUCAUUACCUGGAGGCUCCCACGCGGUUCCUGCCCAACAACAACAGCAGCAGCAGCAACAAGUUGCCGUGCUUGGUCCGAACAGCUUUCACGUCAAGAAGAAGAUCUGUGUCACGGAAUCUCUCUUGUCAAGGUCUACUAGCGAGGCGUACAUGUGUCCUCACUGCGCGCAAAGGUUCAGCGGCAUGGCUGGUUUACAAUACCACAUGCUUAACAAAGUAUGUGGCGACUUUGGCGAAGUCGUUAAGGAUAACAUUGCAUCCCUUCCGAAGUCGUCCCUACCGCCAUUCGUUCUCAAUCCUCCACAAAAACGGCCCGCUCCCGACAGCACCCCGACGAAUUUUAUAUCCGGAACUCAGGGCCCCGCGCCGACGUACAUAUCCACAAUGCCUCCAAACGCUCAAACGCCGCGUGCUCCUUCCAGCUCUCAGCCCAUUGAUAUGCGGGAUGCUCCUUUAGGCACUCCUCAACCCAAGGACAUGGCCCAUCUUACAUCGCAUCAAAUCGAGGCCCUGAAGGCCGAACUGCGGCUGGCCGAGGAACAAUUCAAGAUGAAGAUCGAUGCUGCACAGAAAGCCGGUGGUGACCCCGAUGAAUUGCAGAAGAGGUUGGCGGGCUUCAAAAAUUCGUACGCAACCAAGCAGUCUGUUGUCCGGAAGAAGUACGGCAUCAAACUGCGCCAGCGACGCAAUCGCGAAGAAAUGGAGGCGGAGCGCAUGCGAAUUGGCAUGCCUGCUGAUGUCCCGCGCACGAUGGCGACGCCGAGCAAGGACGGUCAUGCCGAUAAGCGAGCACGCAUCAACAGCCAGGGUGAUGCGUCAACGACGCAGACUCCGCGAUCACUGACGCCGUUACAAACGGUCGCAGUGACGGAUAUGGCCAACGGUCUCAACGGUUCCAACGCGACAGCCGCGACGCAGGACCCGACGGCGGCCCUGCCGCAGCCCCCCGCGGCCUCCCAGCCGGUGGCCAGCCAGCCGCCACCGUUGACGUACUCCCAGGGGAACUCCCGAGUCGAGUUGCACGUCUCUAGCCCAUCGAAGAAGGUCGGGUCUGCGGCGCGGGACGAAGGGUCGAUGGACAACACGCCGUCUAGGGCGUCGUCUAGUGCCUCGAUGACGGCAGAGCAGCUGCUCAAGCAGAUGCGUGGUAAUGCCGGAGCUCCCAUUGAGUUAGAUAACGACGAUAGCUCUUCCGAGUCAGAUUCUAGCUCUGGUGGAGAAGAGUGA